AUGGAAGAUUUACACAUUAACAACACUUCACAGGACAACAGCGACUACCACAGCAACAUCAUCUUUGGCUACAAUGAUUACCGUGUAGAAGCAGGAUUCAUUAUUAAAGUCUUUACAUGCAUAUUCAUAAGUAUCGGCCUUCCUUUAACGCUCAUGGCCAUCUACGCUCUUUAUUCGCAGGUGAGAAAUGAUCAUGUUGCUCCAAUCGACAUCAUCAACCUUCUCAUUUUGGACCUUAUUCAGUUCUGCUGCAUGAUCGUUGAGGUGGUGCAACCUGAGGAUUCAACAACAGACACUAUCUUCACUCUAAUUUACAUCUAUAGUCUGGGGGCCAGUGUUGGCUUCAUGGUGUGUGUCGCCCUGGAAAGGUAUUUGGUCAUCGCCUGCCCACUGUGGUACCACUUCAGACGAACCAUCAAGAUCUCUGUGCUGGUCUGUGUCGUGGUCUGGGUCCUUCCUGCUCUUUGUCUCCUCAGUGUCUCUUUUUGCUCUAAUUAUCGUAUUAAAGACAUCAUCUUCAUCGUCUUUUUACUCCUUCCCCUCCCACUGCUCAUAUUCUUCCUGUGUGGGACCCUCAGAGCUCUGUCUGCCACCAUCUCGGUCCCAUCUGACGAAAAACGACGAAUUGUAGGAAUGUUGAUCCUGGUGCUGCUGAUUUACACGCUGCUGUUUCUUUCCCUCAUCAUUUGGUUACUGAGAAAGGGAGAUAAAAUGAACACCUUCCUCACUGAAAUGUCUUUCACUUUAAUUAAGUUGAGUCCUCUUGCAGAUUUAGUUCUGUAUGUUUUCAUGAGGAAAGGUGCCAUAGACAGGGUCUUGGCCGCUGUGUGUUGUUGCAGAAUGGACAGCAAUGAAACCAGGACUACGGCAGUAUCAGUGGUGACAACACAUCCACAGUCAGCUUCAAGUAGGCAGAGACAGAGGGACACAGAGACAGAGAUAGAGGAGGAAACAGAAGAAAUGUAG